AUGCACAAAGCCGCAUGCCCUGUCCCAGAGAGAAAACGCCCGCGAGCCGACGAACCGAUGGCAUCAGAAGAAUCAGCAUUCCCCUGUGAGAAAUGUGAUAUGAUAGCGCGCUCCAAAACAGGCCUCAGAGCCCAUAUUAGAGCACGGCAUCCUGAGGACCCCAAAAGACGCACCUCGCCCUCAGCUCAUCCCACAGCCUGCUUCACCACGCUGCGAAUUUUGCCUCCGCGAUUUUGGCAACAUUGGAACUCUCGCAUGCCACAAAAAGUUCCAACAUACCCCUGGAACCCCAAUUUUGCCAGCAACAAUACAAGUAACCUUUCCACGAAAUAA